GACGAGACAUUGUCCUCCUCUGUCGUGUCUCCAGCGAAACAAUGAGACGCUGUGGAGAGACGCUGCUAUCUCUCGCAUCAUUCUUGGUGAAUGGAUGAAUCUCUUAUCUCGAAUGGCCAUCCGCGCGCGCGUUGUGGCUUGGGAGCGUGAUUCUAGAUCCGCGCUUGGGCUGGACUUUGCUUUCUCCAUCUCGCCUACGCUUGGUGCUGGCCGACCUUAUAUCUACGCCACCUUCGACAUACCAACCGCUUAAAUUGCGCGACGCCCGAGCCCACAUCUCCAUUGUACCCCCUCCGAUGAUAGUCUCUCCCGGCAAACCAACGACACGCAGGCCCUUGCGCAAAGCCGAUUCAGACUGUCUGAUGGUGAUGCUCCCGGUUUCUCCGUCAGACUCAGGUCCAUCUAAUACCAAACUACUCGUUUCCGCAUCCAGCCCUACGCGCCGCCCGCGCCCGAGCGCUGGCAGUCGCUGCGCCUCUUCCUGGCCUCGAUCCGCGACGCGAAUCUGGAGCCGCACCUCCCGCUGUUCCACGCCCAGGGCAUCACCUCCGCAAACCUGCGCAUCAUCGCCCACUGGCCGCACGACGCGAUCCGGCAUGCGAUCGAGCGGCUGUUGCUGGGCACGCCGGUGGGGAGGGACGGGCGGCCGAUGCACGGGCUCUCGGCGCAUGAGGCGGUCUGGCUGGAGGUCGAGAUCCGCGCGUUGAGGAAGGAGGUCGUGUUGGAACAGCCGAUCUGCCCUCCCGCCGGGAGCACACUGCAGGACUUCCUCCGCAACGUCCUAGGGCUCGAUCUUUCGCAUUAUCAUGGGAUGCUGGCGUCGCAGGGUAUCAGCGGGUGGAGGAUGUGGCAUGUGCGGCUGGAUGUGACGUUGGCGCCGAGGUAUCUGCACCAGAUGUCGCCGCUGGAGAUAUUGGCGAUCGACAUGGCACGUAUCUGGUGCUUGAAUACUACGAAUAGGAAGGGGCCUGUAUGUUAGACGCUCUAUGUUGACUAUGGUAUGUUGUAAAGUCUGUGCAUGUGUUGCGUGACGUGUGGGCUUGUAUCGAAAGUUGAGAUGUGAGACUCCCAGCUGACGUUGCUCGGCAUGUGCAUCCUGUCUC